CUGUAAACAAGGACACAAGUAGCACAGAUUGAAACAUUUUGUUGAGAGCAGAGGACAUGUCCAUUUUUCCAAGAAUUUCUCUGAAGCCUGAAGUGACUGAACAUCUUAAGGGUGUCUUCCUAAACAAGGAGGUGUUAGAUGCAGUGGGUCAUCAGGAGGCAGAACGCCGUUUCCACAAGCUGCUCACAUGUCUCUCACACCCACCUUCAUAUACUUGUGUUCGGGCCAGCACUCAUCUCGCCUCCCUGGAGGAGAUCAGACUCAAGUUAGGAGAAGAGCUGAAAAAGCAGCAGAUGUGCGGCUCAUCAGCAGAGGAGGUCUCCCUUCAGAUUCUUCCUCACCCGCGAAUCCCAGAUGUGCUUCUCCUUCCUGUCGACGGCCCGAGACCUGUGAAGCAGCUCAGCUCGGAGGUGGUGGUCGGUGCUCAGUGUGGCAACGCUGUACUGAGAGGUGCUCAUGUCUUCGCCCCGGGAAUCGUCGCCAGCCCAAAGUACAUGAAGGCUGGAGAUGUAGUCUCCGUCUUCUCUGACUUGGAGGGAAAGUGCACCCGAGGAGCCACGAGCUUCCAGGGGAAGAGAGUGUUUGUGGGAAAUGGAGUCGCUGAAAUGGGCCGCUCCAGCAUCUUCUGCACAGAUGAGCCUGCCAAAGGGAUCGGCGUUCGGAUGAUAGAGCCACUUUACCAGAGUCCGUCCUUUGAUGGCGUUCUUCCCAACCUGGUGUUCCUACAGAACCUCCCCUCUGUGGUCGCGGGACAUGUGCUCGGGCCUCGUCCUGGCGAGCGUAUCCUGGAUAUGUGUGCCGCCCCUGGAGGGAAGACCUGCCACAUCGCAGCGGUCAUGGGGGAUCAGGGUGAAGUCGUGGCCUUGGACAGGAUCCGAAACAAGAUCGAUCGAAUUCGUCAAAAUGCACAAAUGUUGCAUUUGCGUAGCAUCCGAGCGUAUUGCUUCAACAGCACUCAGGCUGUGAGCAGCGACCCGGCACAUGUGACUGAAGGGCCUCCCUUCCCUCCUGAGAGUUUCGACAGGGUUUUGUUGGAUGCUCCCUGUAGCGGACUCGGACAGAGACCCAACAUGGCCAGCACCUGGAGCCUCAAGGAGAUUUGCUCCUACCAGCCUCUGCAGCGCAAGUUAUUUCAUGCUGCGGUGCGGUUGUUAAAGAAAGGCGGGGUCUUGGUGUACAGCACUUGCACAGUGACUCUAGCGGAGAACGAGGAGCAGGUAGCCUGGGCCCUCGAUACGUUUCCCUGCCUCACGCUUCAACCACAGGAGCCUCACAUUGGCGCAGAAGGCAUGCUGGGAGCCGGCCUGUCACCUGAGCAGCUGCGCCUCCUCCAGAGGUUCAGUCCUGAGCUGAUCUGGGACCAGACAGAAACGACAGCUCCCCUCCCCUGCAGAGCCGACAGGGACACCAUCGGCUUUUUUAUUGCCAAGUUCCUGAAAAACUGACCGGAGGGCAUGUUUUCUCUUACAGCCCUCACACGAGGCUGCAGACGGGAACAAUAGUGUUUAUAUUACGACACUCUGUGUGCUUUGACGGGCCA